GUUGCUUUAGAUCGCAUUUCAACUCCGUUCAAACAAUGAGCAGCCUCUGUGUGUACAAUCGUUUGUGUUGAAUUGUUUUUCGCGCACCCAGAGUUGAGUCACAAGGAGGCCCAUUCGUCACGUGUGACAAAAGACCACAAACGGCUGACGUGGGAGCCGUCUUGUGUCGAGAGCAUCGGGAGACUUUCAGCCGGUACAGCAGCAACAAAUAAAAAACGUAGGUGUACUCUACCGGCCGGAGAAGGGAAACCAAUGGAUGGUGGAAUAAAAACACCAAGCGCCAAGACUGUUUACGAACAAAGAAAGACAUAUUCAACUUCGAGUAACAUCCAAGAAGAAACUUCACAAUACCAAGUAGAGCCUUUUCCUUCUUUAAUAUCGCUAGCAUCUGACGACGAUGGUGAUGGAUAAGAAGGUGGGUGUAGCAUCUAUAGAAGACGGCAUGACUAAACUGAAACAUCUUGAAAACAAUGGAAAGAUCUGGAUCCAAGACAUGCUUCUACAGGUGGACAAAAAUGCAGUCUACCUGAUCGACUUGGAAUGCAAGGAAGAGCUCAACAAAUACCCAAUGGGGUUGAUUCAGGUGUGCACGUCGUUCAUGGAAGAGCCGCCGUACGUGUCGGUGCUGGCCCUGGUGUGUUGGAACGAACAGCAGCGCAAGAACAACCUGCACCUGUUCCACUGCGAAGUCAUCAAGGCGGAUUUGAUCCGGAGUGACAUCGAGAGUGCGAUCACUGACAGGUUGUGUGGAAACGUGAAGAAGCGACCAGAAACUCUACGGAAGAAUGCAGAGAAGCUGAACCACGUGGAGCCCUCAGGAAACUCGGAGAACAACGAAAAAAUGGUGCCAGAGAUAGCAGCAGCCUGUAAACAGCCUGGGAUUGAAGACAUGAACAUACCUCAGUUGCCAGGAACACCAUCCCAGAGUGAAAAGAAAAGUCGUAUUGCUGCAUGGACGGCCAGCGUAGCCAACCGAGAGUUCGACCUGACAAGUGGCUCAUCCAUGGAAGCAGAGGACAACCAGGACAUAGACGCCAGGAAAAGGGAGCGCGAUAUGGAUAUAUUAACACAACUAAUGGAAGAAAUGCAAAUUUUCGUGUCGAAACUGGACAAAGAUGCAGACACUGGUCCUACUGCGAACAGCGAUCUGCCUUCCCAGGAGGAGUUUUUUGACAUCUUUCAAAAGUCUAAGCUCGCCCUCACACUCGUGGCCAAUCAAAAGAAUCAACUCCAAAAUCCGUCGGCCAAGGAGCUGGUUCACUCAAUAUUCACCAGCCUAGAUAAGCUCGUGAAGCAAACGGGAGGUCCAGAGUUAGCGAGCAGCGUCAUCAGCCCACUGCUCACUCAGGAGACGAGAGAUCUGCUGGAGGAUCACGUGACCGAGGCAGAACGAUUGCUCUGGGUGUCCCUUGGCAAUGCCUGGAAAGCGUCAAGGGAGGAGUGGCCACAGGAUCAGGCGGUGCAAGAGUACACUCCGAAGUUCAAAAACGGCUGGGAACCUCCAGCUUUGCUCGCCUAUGAGGAUGAUUACAACGAGCUGUGCAGCCCUUCAGAUUCGGUCAGUGUGGUUGAGCAGAAGAGGCAACAGCAGAAGCAGCGGACAUCCACAAAGGAAUCGCCGGAAGACGAAAUAUCGCUGGACAGCAACACAUGCGACGAUGAAGUCAAGGUACUCGCCAUUGCAUUAAACCGAUUUGCUGCAAGAAACAAAACUGAGCUGUCCAUCCAGAAAGACGACAUUGUUUUGGUACACGAUCACAGCAAGAAAUGGUGGAAAGUAACCAAACAAGAUGGAAAAAAAGGCUUUGUGCCUCACAACAUCAUGGAAAUCAUAGAGAGCCCAGACGAAAUGCAAGAAGCAUUAUUUGCUUAAACGGAAUCACACAGUGAUAAAACUGGAGUUUCCCACUUUAGUCAUAUCUCCUCUGAAAUCCAUGCAGCGAACGAUUGUCUUUCAACAUAGCAAAUCACAAAAUAAUAACUACUUACCCUGAACGUUAACAACGAAGAACCAUCGAUCAUCAUGAUCUCCAAACCUAUAAGGGAAAAAACCCCGACGAAUCUUCAUUUUCGAGGCAAAACAUGUUAUAGCUUAGAAGGAUGCACAAAACAAAGAAUGAACAUGUUCUAUUUCAAAGUCAGCCCACAGCACAGACAACAUCUGCUUAAUGACUGUGCACCACGCCAGAAAUCUGUGGCAUUCUGAGGACUUUUGGUGAUGGGGUUCAAACAAAAAAAAUAUCCCCUCACCGUUCAGGCAGUGUGUCAUUGUAGGGUCAUGGAAGCCGUUCAGGCUUUACUCAUGCACCAGUGCAGGACUGGUUGGAUUUUUACUUGUAAAAAGUUAUUGUCUGACCCACAGGUUUUGUUGUUGAGGGACUAUCCACACUCUUGCAUUGGACUUUAUUUCUGUCGGUCCUAAUUUUCAACUCCGCGGUAGCCUAUGCCAUACAUUUCCUCGACUAUAAUUUGUUUUAAAUGGAUACAUAUUUUACAUGUUAUAUCUAUGUGACCUUUUUGCCAGUAUCCAAAAUGAUGAAAUAUAAGAAUAGGUUUUUCCCAUAUAUGUCUUUGGUGUAGGCCAACCAGUUUCAAAGACAAUGCAUACAUUAUCGGAGCAUGUUUAAUUGCAUGUUUUGCCACAAGUAUGUGUGGUUAAUGUACACUUGAUACCUUGCAAAAGUCAUCUGUUUGGUGUUUGAACAUCUUAGCAACUGUUUUAUUGCCAGAAAGGGUAAAGCCUAUUGUUAUUUUACAUGUUGUUCAAACACAAUACACAUCACUGUGUCAACUCCAAAUCUGCAGAUAUGGUGCAAUCACAUAGUGCAUCACUGCAGUUAAAUGGAGCAGUUAUUCAUUUGGUGUGAUACGAUUUCUCAUCCUUGUCACCAUUUGGUGGAAAGAGCAACGGCAGGCAGUGUAGUCCCUCAUCAUAGUAUCCCAUGUUUACAUCCACAUUACGGUACUUGGCAUAUGGAGCAGGAUUUAUUUCCUUUAAUUCUGCUAUUCUAAAUAAUUUUACUCCUAACUGGAAUAAUACCAUGGUAAUGGUUAGCAACACUGGACUUGCAAUCCAGGGGUCGUGGGGUUCAAUUCCAUCUGCCGGUAUGGAAGUUGAAACAAUGGAAAUGUUUCUUAAACCCCCCUGCUUAUGUCCAACCAGCGGUGACCUGACCAUCCCGUCGAUGGUCAGGUCACGUGCGGUGGAAUAAAGUCUGCUUACUCCCACCUCUUCCGAGACGUCUGUUCACCGUGGAAGAGGAGGCCCAAAUAUUCACGAGGUAGGGCCCUUUCGUACUCCCUCGAGUCAAGGUCCUUCUGCCAGCAGUGGCAUGAGCAAGUAAUUGCAGGGCUGCAUCUUGACCUUUAUUUAAAUUCUAACUACAGUAAUGGAAGUGUCAAGUACAGAGAAUGUGCCGUCUUUGGUCAGCUGAAUGCAGCAGCUGGAGGAUAUUUACGUGACGUGCUGUGAAGCUGCUGCACAAACAGAGGGUACAUUUCUCGUGGUUUGUAUUGUGAAAAUAAGAGUCAACUUUUUAAAAUAUAUAUUUCAUGCACACGUGCACCAAAAUGAAAUUGCACUGAAUGCAAUUAUAAUAUUAAUACUAUUCUGUGGGUAUUUCGGUAAAGCAACGUAGAUAGAAAAAUAAUAAACAAUAUCACAACUUUUCGAUCACAACACAAGCAUUCAGGCGAUUGCUUGUGUUGUGAUCGAAACGUCGUGAUUUUUUCUUAUCUACGUGGCUUAACCGAAAGACCCAUCUAAUAUGUAUUCCUGCAGUCACGAAUCCUUUAAGUCAAUAUUAAUAAUGAUGAAAAAAUAUUAAAAGUGAUUUCCUGCUCAAGAGAGCAUUGAGGCGGUGAUCAUCGCCUGUUUACAGCCAUGAGCCAGUGGUUAAAAUUCCACAUUCCUAUGAUGGGGGCAAGUCUAUUCAUAUGACAGCCGCUGCUGGCUUCUCCCCAUAGCGGUACUCAUUAUAUUGACCCUAAAGGGAUGAUGGGGCUGAGUCAACCCCCGAUCAGGAUUUCAACUCACAACCUUCUGAUUGUGGGUUACUCACUCUACCAGAUCAAUAUAAAUUAAAUAUCCAAAAUACCAACCAAACACGAACACCCCGACACCAAAACAUGAUCAGUCUGCAUCAGCAGGCUAACCUGUGUGUCCAAUGGAAAAAUCUUACACCGGUAGUACUCAAUUGUGCUCAGUCAGGUAAACACACACACAAUGCUUAAUGCACCCUGCGUUAAUGUAUACAUUUAUGAAAAUAAGAUAUCAGUUCUCCCGCCGGUUCCCGACAUUAGCUCCCACUCGCUGUGUGCAGGGCCGGAUUCAGAUUUUGUAGGCCCCUGGGCGACAGGUACUGUGAGGCCCCCAGUAAUAUUUUCAAAAGGAAAACAAAGUUAAAGAAAAAAUACAUUUAUUUUUACAAGGUCAACAACAAAUAAAAUUCUGCAUUCACAAAUGAAAAUAUAUUUUCACUUCAUCUCUGGAGGUCCUCCAGCUGGCAGAGGCCGCUGGGUUGCAGCCCCUAAAGCCCCCACGCCUUGAUCCGGCUCUGGCUGUGUGGGUCUCCGGCCGGUCCCCAACUUCAGCUCCCACUCGCUGUGUGGGUCUCCGGCCGGUCCCCGACCUGAGCUCCCACUCGCUGUGUGGGUCUCCGGCCGGUCCCCGACCUGAGCUCCCACUCGCUGUGUGGGUCUCCGGCCGGUCCCCGACCUGAGCUCCCACUCGCUGUGUGGGUCUCCGGCCGGUCCCCGACCUGAGCUCCCACUCGCUGUGUGGGUCUCCGGCCGGUCCCCGACCUGAGCUCCCACUCGCUGUGUGGGUCUCCGGCCGGUCCCCGACCUGAGCUCCCACUCGCUGUGAGGGUCUCCGGCCAGUCCCCGACCUGAGCUCCCACUCGCUGUGAGGGUCUCCGGCCGGUUCCUGACCCAACCCAGGGCUCUACCACGGGUAAAGCGUGCGCGCCGAUGUUUCGUGACUGCCCUCGUUUAAAGCAGUCAUCGUGGUGGCGAGAAGUUUUCUCCCUCGCCUGGUACGCAGGAGGGCCUUGGGUUCGAUCCCUGAGCCUGAUGAUGAUGCCUGUUGUAUAUUUGGAGUCUGCAUGUUUUCCACGGAGUGGUCGUGUGGAUUGUCCCUCUGAUGCUGCCCUCCACGUUUGCAAAACCUGCACGAAGAUUAUUUGGCCGCUGCUGUAAAUUCUGACGUGUGGCACAAGCCACUGUGAUGAGCGAUCAUGCGUGGACACGUCGCCUCGGACAAAGAGCUCGUAACUCAGUGGGCUUCACCUGGUGAAAUAAAAUAGGUGAGCCGUAUUAUGGAUUAUUAUAAUGCCUAUCAUAAACCUUGGCAAUGCAAAAGCAGUUAUUUCUCCAUCAUAAUUUGUGCAAAUUGUGUUAAUAAACGAUAUGCUAUAUAGUACAAUAUUGCAUUUAAAAAAAUAUUCGCUGGUGUCAGGGCAGGGAGUGGCGGAACAACACAAUGGAACGAGCUGACUGACGGUCGAUGUCAGGACACUUCAUUUGCACACGAGGAAUUCCUCAGGUGGCGAGGCGGGGCCUGCUAUCCCACUCGUCACAGUCCAGGCGAUGUCCGAGCCACCGUGGUCAAUGUUGGAGCUCAUGUCCCACUGAGCGGUAGCCAUUCUCGAGACUCUCUGUGUAAAGGGCACCACGGUGGCGAAAUGUUAACUACCUCGACUGGUAUACCGGAGGUUGUGGGUUCGAUCACGACUGUGACGCCUGCUGUAUAUUUAGAGUUUACAUGUAGUCGUGUGGAUUUUUCUCUGGGUUCUUCGGGUUUUCUCUCCACAUUUAUAAGCAUGCGUUUAGAGUAUUUGGCUGCUAUUAGUUUCUACGUGAACAGCCACUUCGUUCAGCUAUCAUUUGUGAUCGGUCGCUUCUGAAAACGAGCUAUAGAGAGCUCAGUGUGCCUUACCUGGUAAAAAAAAAUAUAUUAUCCCAUUUUUUGUGAUAAUGCGUUGGCAUUGGUACACAAACGAUACAAACGCAACACAUUUGUGAAUAACACUGCCCUAAAAGGGAAAACAAAAUAUAAUAGGUGACAUUUGGGGAUAUGGCCGAAAGGCUAAUAGCCAAAACAUCACCCAUGUUAGAGCGGUAUUAUUGAAGAAUAUGUAGAAUUAUCCAAAGCUCUAUUGAAGGUACCAUUCAGCUAAUGGGAGGCUCAGCUGCCUUCAGCGACUGCACUACACUAGCGGUGUCAUAGCGUGCGCAAGUCGGGAGCCUCCUCCUCACAACUAUCAAUGACUCCAAACUCAUGCUGUCCAUUUCUUUCAAUGAGUACGGGUGGGGGGGGGAGUUUACAUUAGCCAUGAAGACCAACACAUUUUAGGUCUAACAAACACACACGCGCCAAUGUGGAUGGAGUGUACAUAAUCUCUCGGCUUCGUCCAGACCACCAGCUUAAGAAGAAGUGAACGUGUUGACUUUAUUUCAUUUAGACCACGAGCCGACAUGAAGCUGAGGAAAUGUGGCCGUCCUAACAGGCAGCGGUGGAGACAGGCACAGCUGUUAGAUCGGUUGAGUCCUCAGGAUUAAUCAUUCGAACAUAGUCAUCAGUUUUCCGCUGCUACAUGCCUCUGGGAGCCCAACAUAUGGAGAUGACUGUAUGACCGCUCCGUGGAACCAUUACCACUUGCCUAAAUACGACAAUAACUAAACCUGUAAUGGACAACAAAUCACAUCACAGGAAAACAAACAGAGUUAACAGCACACAAUGAUGUAUGUACGUUGAGCUUCUUUCGCGAUGUGCUUGGAAUAUACAAAUAAGACCCUUCAGUACAUGAUUAAUCAAUAUUCUCUGCUGUCACAUUUUCUCAACUCUUUGAUUCGGUGGUGUAAGUCACAAUGGACAGUCUGGAUGAGGCUGAGAGGUUUGUGCAUGCAGUGUACAUCUUUCUGUGUUGUUACAUCUGUAGUGACAUUGCGGAUUUCACUGUGGUGCCGGCCCUAGCGAGGCAGGGCGUGCGAUGUAUUGCCAUCGCGGACACCCCUUACAUGAGGGUGUAGUGCCAGCCCUAGAGGGGCUCGGUGAGCACUGACGGAGAGCGCUGAGUGGCACCACGCUCGGUGUGCAGUGCUGUCCCCUAUAGGAGGGGGUGUGAGGGUGCCGGCCAUGACUGGGGUUACUAAGGGCCAUGGCACUCUAGUUGACCCUGGAAGGCACGUGACGAGUAAGAUCUACACAGGGGCCCCAAGUGGGGGCUAGGGGUGGUCACGUGUCGGGGCGAGAUCCUGCUAGAGGGUUCGAGAAGGUGGUCGUGGCCAAGAGCGGAGCCAGCCACGACCAGUGAUGAUAUAAACCGGGUCCCCAGAGGGACCGGGGUUCAGCGUUGCUAUUGUUAUCCUGAAGAUGUAAGUUCUACGUCCCAGAAGAGUCACCAACACGUGGACCUGGACCCAAGCCGGGUCCUGUCUGAUUAAUUAGCCUGGUGGUCCACCACCAUAGGGUAAAGGGGCAGUUACCCAUUUGUGGUGGUAUCAAUAAAUGUGUUGCCUCCAAAGAGUAUGUCUGCGACUCCACUACACAUCUGUUAUUAUUUUUGUCCAGCCUGUAGCCAAUUUUUUUGUUGUAAUGCAUGAGGUUUUCUUAUGACUCUGCAGUGAAUAUUCCAUUUCACCCUCCAGAACCCUGUUGUUUUCUCUAUUCAUUUCGCUUCAUAUUUGUUGUGGAAUUAAAAUUUCACAUCAGUGAAAGGGUAGUAAACCAAACAAACUCCAAGACAACGCAAUAGGCAUUCAUGUGUUUUUAUUAUACCCAUUACGACAUG